GGCAGCCAUUCAGAUGACAACUGAAUGUUGCCCUUCGGGUGAUCAAUAAAAUCAAACAACGUCUCUAAGUGCAGCAGAACUUACGAUGUCAGCCUAUCAUCCAUCCCCGUUACUUGAUUGACAUACAGGACAACCAGUCAGAUGACAACUGAAUUUUGACCUUUAGGUCACCGCUCAUGCGUAAACAACGAUGCAAAAUGCUAAGCUAGUCGGCGAAUUGCGUCAGAUUUUAAGCCCUCGCUAAAGUUUAUGGUCACUAAAAUGAGUGAAGUAGCUGGACCAAGUAAAAAGGCAAAAACAUAUCACUUCCAUACGGAAUGGGAGGUGGACUUUUUUUUUCACAAUGUCUUUUUCGAAGUGUGUUUGCCUGGCUAACCUGGCUAUCAGCAGCUACUUUCCGGACUAUGCAUCCCUGGCUGAUUCAAUUCAGUGCAAGUCAUCAAAGUAAACUCAGGUAAUUACAAAAAAUGUUAAUAGUUAAUUAUGUGUGUUUUGCAAUAUUGGCUCAUUUGGUUAUGUAAGGUACAUCAACAUACAUUGUACGUACAAAUAAUAAUAAUAUAUGUUUUGCAUUUUUGUAGUGGGUAGAUCAUUUUGACUCGGUCAUUUUAAAAGUAGCUCGCAUGCUGAAAAAGUGUGAGCACCCCUGUAUUACAGUAUGAUUCAUACAAAGGUAGACAUAUUAGUCAUUUUAUUUAAUGUGUUUUAAGACAAAGUCACAAAUAUUUCAUUUUAAAUCUAUUAAAGCACUAAUUGUGACAUUGUGAAAAACUUGUGACGCCAAACAGGAGAACUCGAGAUCACUGCAAUUUCAUAAUACCACCACUAGAGGUCAGAAUGGGAUGGCAAAAAGUAGAGUGGUUUUAAAUGGUGACGCUCAUAUUUCUAUGCUGACGUCCCAAACAGAACCAAUUAUUUUAAUUAAUUUUGAAAUAAUCAUGGGUUAUUAAACUUAGACUCACACCUAUUUAUGACGUCACCGUUUAUGUGGAUAAACAUCUGAACGACAAAGUCCCUUGCUAUUGAUAACACUGUAUAAUGCAUAACCAUUAAAAGUAGUAAAUAAAAAGUUGAUGUACUAUAUAUAUAUAUCACUUUAUUGAUAGUUACUAUGGUACCCAUUAUGUUAUUGUAUGGUGACAUCACCUUGUACUUUGGUACAUGACAAAAAUAAAUAAAUAAAUAAAAUAAAAUAAAAUAAAAUAAAAUAAUUAUAUUAGAAAGGCAGGAGGUGAACAAAUCUAACAGUUACUGAUUGUAAUGGAGGGGUAGGAUUUAAUAAGCUUUGCUUCUUCUUACUCCUUCUGCCUCUCGCCCAAAGUCAGCCGGGAUAGGCUCCAGCAUACCCCUGUGACCCUAGUGAGGAUAGGCUGCAUAGAAAAUGGAUGGAUGGAUGAUUAUGGAUGGAUGGAUGGAUGGAAUGAGGAUGUACUGACAGCUGUGACUGAGGCCUGAGCCGAGACAGAUAAGUCUUGCCUGUUUUAUAUUUAAAUAUAUGAAAGAAGAAGUCUGUCGGAUUCUCCGUACAACUCCUUUUGUCGCAGCUAAACCGGGAUGGAGAGCGGCUAAAUAAGCUGCUUUGCAUUCUGGGAUCCCAAAAGACAGGAACCAGAAACCUUCUCAGGAACAUCAAUGAGUUUUACAUAUCACCAUUUACGAAAUAUCAGGAAAGCUCUUUCACCUUAUCUCACCUCCUUUAUGCUUUAAUUAACAUCGUCCAAGUUCAUAUUUCUCUUACUUACAGCGCCUGCUGUUAUUCUGAUACCUUUUUGCCCCAAUGGAUCUCUUUAAUGUGCGCUAAGACAACUUUUAAUUGAACCUCACAGUCAAGCCAAUCAUAUGCUUUGAAUUAUUCCUUAUCUGCGCAGCCAGCAUGGAGGGUCAAAAUGUAGCCUCUUAUGCGAGUAAUCAUUGCAAAUAAGGUUGCAAAUAUGGCUCCUGAAGGCCUGAAAAGAAGAAGUAAUCGAUGAUGGUGUUACGUGUAGUGCUGUUCCUCAGACGGGAAUUUAAUAUUGUUUAUAUAUAUAAAAAAAUAUGAGCUAGCUCACAACAAACAUCAUUGGGACAUAGCUAUUUACAAUUAAGUUCUCUAAAGUGUUUUAUUGUUUGAUAUACAUGCUGUGAUCAUACAUCAACAACUACACUGAUGAUAAUAUGUAAUACUUACAGUAUCCUACUGUAUUUUGAUUAUUUAAAACGUGAACGAAUAGUAUUUCCUAAGUGCAUUGAUUUCACAUACAUACUUAUGCUAGUUCCGUCAAUAACAGCAGCAUAAAAACAGCAAUAUAUCCGUUUUCAUUGGCAUGGCUGUAUCUUCCAGCACAAGACAAAAAAUGCUGACGGCAAACAAGCAUUUUGUUGAGUCUUUUUGGCAAAAAUUGAGAACUUGGUAUCCACUUUUUCAUCUCUGACGCUGAGACUAGAAGCUAGCAAAGCGUGGUGUUCGUCGGCGUAUAAAUAUAAUUUUUCGCUUUAGCUGCUCCAAUAACAAUAUCAAUGUAGCUUGGUUAAUAUACAAGUCAGUUAUGUAAAUGGUACAAUGUUUAUUGGCUUUUUUGGUGAGAGCUUUAGCUUUGUGGUCUGUUGUUAGCGAGCUCACAUUAACUUGUUUCUCUUGUUAUAAUUCACAGAAAAAGGUAAUAAAUAUGUGUUCAUGUUUCACAGAAGGAUUGGGAAUGAUGGCACAAUUCCUCAAAAAGUGCAGUUGAUCAUUGCAGACAUUCUUUUUUAAAAACUUUAUUGAUUUUUUAUUGAUUGAGGACAAACUGAACAAAACACCGGAAUUCUGGUUCCCUAAGACCAUUCCAGCUCAGGUUCAAAAUGCUAAACUGACAGUCAAUUGUUGAUUUCAUGCUGACGUUGAUCCAAUUACUAGGCUACUUCUUUAUAGGCUAUAUCGCACGCUAGCUCAUAAUCCAAGUUAAGACGGUAUGAUUUUAAAGUUUCUCAAACUGGUAAAAGUGGAGUGGAAUGCCCCUGUUAUGGAGGAUUAUUAAUGGUAAUGGUAAUGGUUUUAUUUCAUUUGAACAUGCAUCAGAUUACAAUUGAGUGCAUCCCAUAAUCAGUUCCCAGUUCCACAUGUCAAAAAGGAGUAGGAAGAAGCAAAGCUUAUUAAAUCCUACCCCUCCAUCUGGUACUUUUACAAUCAGUAACUGUUACAUUUGUUCACUUCCUGCUUUCCAUAAUACAGUUUAAGUUUGUUUUUUUUAAUAAUGCACCUUGUACCGAAGUACGGGGUGGACAUGAUCCGGUUCUGGAGCAAAGCCCCUGUAAACAUUGCCCAGAUGGAUCUGAAGGAUCUUGAAUCUGACACUAAGGAAACGGCUGCUGCCUGCUGGUCAAUGACAAACUUGCAUGUCCUUGUUUUUGGUGGUCAUGAUCACAUUUUGAUUCAUUGCUCUCAACUUAUGGAGGACAAUCCUGGACUUUUAUUAUAUGUCUUGUAUGAAGGGUGGGGCAUCUAGAACAAGGUGAGAUUGAACCUCAGUUAAUUCUGAUGCAUCUUGUGUACCGGAUCUCGUUACAUUCUCCAUCUGUGUCGGGGACUAUAAUUAUCAUUCUUGAGCCCUCAGUGUUAUAUCUAUUGUAUGUACGCUACGUCUCCCGUCUCACCCAACAUCGUGAAUCCGCACUAAGUGAUACAGUGCCGAUCCUUGCCAAAAUCUUUGCAGCUCCGAGAGAAAUGCGAUCCGUCACACGGGAUGUGUCGCCCGCAGGCUUCUCCUCAUCUUUCGUCAGCCAUAUGCUCACACGUCGCCGUUGCCACGUCGCCGUUACAAAGUGCACUCUAAUGCAACAUAAAUGGCUUGUCAUGUCCCAAACACCCACUCCCCUUUCCUGCUACUUUUAAAAAACACACUCCACUGCACUUUUCUCAUCAGCACACUUCUAAUCUGCUUCAGUGAACGGAGCAUAUAGUGCAUGACUUGAUGUGACUUGAAAGCUGAAUGACCUAUUAAAGCCCCGGUAAUAAAGACGGUGGGUGUACUGUGUGUGUGAGAGAGAGAGCCGGGGUCGGAAGAAUGGGAAUUCAACAACAGCAGCAGUACCCUCAACAGCCAAUCCUCGGAUGCUGAGCCGGUAGAGAGAAAGUGAUGUGAGAGAGCAAGAGAGAGAGAGAGAGAAAGGCUGGUCACAUCCGAAAAGGACGAGGAACAGGAGGCUGGCUUACGUGCGCCGUGGAUGAUUUUGGCGAUUAUUCCCGAAGCGCCACUAUAUCGGGUGAGCUGUUUGAAUAAUAAUUAUUAUUCCCCCAACAAUGAAGUCAAGGUAGACUUAGUUUAUACGACCGAAUCGGCGCCGCACUUUGCAGAAGUCACGCAGCUUUCGCGCGUCAACACACAUCUUCACCAUGCAUCCAUAUGUCAGUCAGCUUGGCUGAUUUUUUUUUUUUUUUUUGAAUUUUUCGGAGAGAAUAAACAUUUAAACCGUUUGUCUGAGACUACCGAAAAUGCAGGUGGAUCGCCGCAGAUUCCGUGUGUGGAAUAUUUUGUUACUUUUUUCAACUCUGAGCUCCUGGAUAAGUGAAGUUGGAGGCUCCCAUCAAAGCAUCCCUCCAUCAGUAGUGAAGCUGUGGGCUUCAGCAUUUGGUGGGGAGAUGAAGUCCAUCUCUGCAAAGUACUCAGGCUCCCAAUUGCUGCAGAAGAAAUACAAGGAAUAUGAGAAGGCUGUGCGGGUAGAAGAGAUUGAUGGACUACAUCUGGUGAAGAGACUGGCGGAGAACAUGGAGGAGAUGUUUCACAGAAAAGCCCAGGCAAUGAAGAGACUGGUGGAGGCGGCAGAGGAAGCCCACCUUCAGCACGAUGAGGAUCCAGAUCUGCAGUAUGAGUACUUCAAUGCAGUGUUGAUCAAUGAAAUGGAUGAUGAAGGGAACAAUGUGGAGUUGGGAGGAGAAUUCAUCCUACAGCCCAACGACCACUUUAACAACCUGUCAGUCAAUCUCAGCCUGAGCGUUGUCCAGGUGCCCACGAACAUGUACAACAAAGACUCCGCCAUAGUUAAUGGAGUCUUCUGGUCAGAAGCAUUGAAUAAAGUGUUUGUGGAUAACUUCGAGAAAGAUCCAUCACUCAUAUGGCAGUACUUUGGCAGCGCCAAAGGCUUUUUCAGACAAUACCCAGGGAUCAAAUGGAAGCCGGAUGAACAUGGCGUCAUUGCUUUUGACUGCCGUAACAGGAAGUGGUACAUCCAAGCUGCUACGUCGCCAAAGGAUGUCGUGAUUCUUGUGGAUGUUAGUGGAAGCAUGAAAGGCCUCAGACUGACCAUCGCCAGACAGACGGUGUCCUCGAUACUGGACACCCUUGGAGACGAUGACUUUUUCAACAUCAUCGCGUACAAUGAGGAGCUCCAUUAUGUGGAGCCGUGCCUGAAUGGAACGCUGGUCCAAGCUGAUGUUGCCAACAAAGAUCAUUUCAGGGAGCACCUGGAUAAGCUGUUUGCUCAAGGCAUCGGAAUGUUAGACGUCGCUUUAAGUGAGGCUUUCAAUCUUCUCGGUGAGUUCAAUGAGACUGGGAGGGGUAGCGAGUGUAGCCAGGCCAUUAUGUUGGUGACGGAUGGAGCAGUGGAUACAUACGAUGCCAUCUUUGCCAAGUACAACUGGCCAGACAGGAAGGUCCGAAUAUUCCCGUACCUGAUUGGUCGAGAGUCAGCUUUUGCAGAUAAUCUCAAAUGGAUGGCAUGUGCGAACAAAGGUUACUUCACUCAGAUAUCCACGCUGGCGGACGUUCAAGAGAAUGUGAUGGAGUAUCUCCAUGUCCUAAGUCGUCCCAAGGUGAUUGACAGAGAACAUGACACAGUUUGGACGGAGGCCUACAUUGACAGCACCCUUCCUCAAGCACAAAAGCUGGACGACGGUCAAGGUCCAGUUCUGAUGACCACUGUGGCAAUGCCCGUGUUCAGCACCAAGAACGAGACCAGGAACCAUGGUAUUUUACUCGGCGUUGUCGGGACGGAUGUUCCUGUCUCAGAGCUGCUCAAGACUAUUCCGAAAUAUAAGUUGGGGAUUCAUGGCUAUGCUUUUGCAAUCACCAACAAUGGCUACAUUCUCACCCACCCAGAUCUGCGCCCACUUUACGGUGAUGGAAAAAAGCGAAGGAAGCCAAACUACAGCAGUGUGGAUCUCUCCGAGGUAGAAUGGGAGGACAAGGACGACACGCUGAGAAAUGCCAUGGUCAACAGGAAGACGGGGACCUUCUCAAUGGAGGUGAAGAAGAGUGUGGACAAAGGGCGACGUGUGCUGGUGUUGCAAAAUGAUUACUACUACACAGACAUCAAGGGUACUCCUUUCAGCCUCGGCGUAGCUCUAUCAAGAGGCCACGGCAUGUUCUUCAUCAGAGGGAAUGUGACUGUGGAAGAAGGUCUUCAUGACUUAGAGCAUCCUGAUGUAGCGCUUGCAGAUGAAUGGACGUACUGCAACACCGACGAGCACCCGGAGCACCGCUACUUGGCCCAAAUUGAGGCUAUCAAACUACACCUAAGUGGACAUGAGCCCCAAUUACAAUGUGACAAGGAGUUAAUUCGGGAAGUCCUUUUCGAUGCAGUGGUAACCGCCCCUUUGGAGGCCUACUGGACCAGCCUGGUGCUCAAUAAGUCUGAGAACUCUGACAAAGGGGUUGAGAUUGCCUAUCUGGGUACAAGAACUGGCCUUUCCAGAAUCAACCUGUUUGUCGUACCCGAUGAGCUUACAAACCAAGACUUCCUGACAGCUGAAGACAAAGAGGGGGUGUUCAAUGCCGAUCACUUCCCCCUGUGGUACAAAAGGGCAGCCGAACAAGUUCCUGGCACAUUUGUCUACUCCCUGCCUUUCAACACAGGAUCAGAAAACAAGAGUGUCGUAUUAGCCAGCACGGCCAUUCAGAUCCUGGAUGAGAGGAAGUCACCCAUAGCUGCGGCCGUGGGCAUCCAAAUGAAACUAGAUUUCUUUCAGAGGAAAUUCUGGACAGCCAGCAGACAGUGUGCCGCCCUUGAUGGAAAAUGCUCCAAAAGUUGUGAUGAUGAGAACAUUAAUUGUUACCUCAUUGACAACAAUGGCUUCAUUCUGGUGGCAGAGGACUAUACUCUGACAGGGAAUUUUUUCGGAGAAGCAGAGGGAGCCGUCAUGAGUAAACUCCUGCAGAUGGGAUCUUUUAAGAGGGUGACACUGUACGACUACCAGGCUCUUUGCUGGGUCUAUUCGGAAAGUAGCGCCAGUGGAUCCACACUCUUGGAUCCUUACUUUGCCUUCCUCUCAGCUGCAAAGUGGAUCCUAACCGAGCUUGUGAUAUUCUUCGUGGAGUUCAACCUUUAUAGCUGGUGGCAAUCUGACGUCACUGCAAAAGCUCAGCGAUUGGGUCGAAGCAUGCAGGUACCAUGUGACACAGAGUACCCGGCCUUUGUCUCCGAGAGAACCAUCAAGGAAAACACAGGAAACAUCGACUGCGGCGGUUGCAUCAAGUCCUUUGUGAUCCAGCAGAUUCCCAGCAGCAAUCUGUUCAUGGUGGUGGUGGACAAUAAGUGUGACUGCAGUAUGUUCGAGCCAAUCACGAUGGAUCCUGUUGAAAUUAUGUAUAUCGAGUCUCUGAAGUGUGAGAGGCUGAAGAUGCAAAAGGAUCGGAGGCGCCCAGAUACCUGUCACCCGUUUCACCCUGAGGAGAACUCAAUGGAGUGUGGAAGAGCUCCUACUCUCACACCGUCUUUUUCCGCAACACUGAUCUGCAUCCUCCUGGCGCUGUUUCCCAGGUGACCAGAGGUGGCAGCGUCCAUCCGUCCUUACAGAACUUUCCCUCGGAUCAGUUUGGCAUCGAAACAUAUCCCAACAAAGUCACAGAACAGAAACAAACACAAGAACACCAAACACUCUUUUAGUGUUCUCAUUUCAUCUCACCACCUCUGAAGGUCCGUGCCCUGAGAUACCUCCUGACAACACAUUUUCAUGAAAGGACUGAGAGCUCCUACGUAGUGUGAUCAGUCAGGUGCUACAGCAAUUUUACAGAGCUUCUUCUUUGGUUCUUCAGCUUUAUCAGAAUUUAGCUUCAUGACAAAGUGCUUUGUCCAGUCCUUAAAGGUCGUAGCUCAGGGCUUGGAUCAAUAGUUUAUGGGCUCUGUUUUCGUAGACGAGGCGCGGCACACCUGCCCUGCGCCACACCUGCCCUGCGCCACACCUAUGCCAUGUCAAUGGGGUGUGGCCAGUGCACUUUGAAAUUUUCGCGAGCAACGCAGUCCGGCACAACGCGGCGCACCCGCGCCUCCGUCACUCCAACUGGUGGCAAAGAGGGAGGAGAGAAGACGUGAGUGUAAUCGCCACGUAGACCACCUUGUGGGACACAUCAACUGGUCCUGACAUUUACAUUAAACACAGCAGCAGGCUAAUCCAAGCAUUGUGAGCAUCAGAUUUUAGCUUCAUGACAAAGUGCUUUGUCCAGUCCUUAAAGGUCGUAGCUCAGGGCUUGGAUCAAUAGUUAAUGGGCUCUGUUUUCGUAGACCAUGCCACGCCAACGGGGUGUAACCAGUGCACUUUGAAAUUUUUGUGAGCAACGCAGUCCGGCACAACGCGGCGCACCCGCGCCUCCGUCACUCCAACUGGUGGCAAAGUGGCAAAGAUGGAGGAGAGAAGGCGUGAGUGUAAUUGCCACGUAGACCACCUUGUGGGACACAUCAUCUGACAUUCCUGACAUUUACAUUAAACACAGCAGCAGGCUAAUCAGAUUUUAGCUUCAUGACAAAGUGCUUUGUCCAGUCCUUAAAGGUCGUAGCUCAGGGCUUGGAUCAAUAGUUAAUGGGCUCCGUUUUCGUAGACCAGGCACGGGGCACCCGCGCCUCCGCCACUCUCAAUGGUGCAAGUGGCAAAGAGGGAAGAGAGAAGGCGUGAGUAGCCAAAUGUAAUCGAGUGUCAUCGCCACGUAGACCACCUUGUGGGACACAUCAACUGGUCCUGACAUUUACAUUAAACACAGCAGCAGGCUAAUCCAAGCAUCGUGCUUUCCAUCCCGCUGCAUUGCUGCUCCGUCAUCACCAAAUAGGAGAACUUUUCACGGUACGUAUAUUCUCGGUAUCUCCUCCUCAUGUACUCCAUCUUUUCAGAAUAAAAUUCAAACAUAAAAAUAUGUGCCACGUUGCACUGCGCCACGAAAAUAGAGCCCUAAAUGCGAGCUUUAAAGCCUCGCAACAUCGAUAAGGAGUAAGAAUGGUGCACUUUCUUAUGGUCCACAUAACGUUUUGUGGACAUGUAUUUGAUUAAAAAAUGAAGAUAUAAAUUGGAUUUGUGGUAAAAGUAAGUCUAAUCAUUUUUUUAUUAUAAAUAUAAGUUGUAGUAUCCGUACUGUACAUAUGAAUAAAGAUAUAGUUACAUUUUUAAUUUGUCAGUGGCGCCAAUAAACUGUGACCACAAGAUUUUCUGCCCUCGGAUGUGAUUUGUUGUACUUAUUGAUCUUGUUUGUGUAUUUUUUUUGUUAAAUAAAAUCAUAUUUUAAAAGUGAUUAACGGCUUUAAUGCUAAGUUCAUCUUGCUAAAUUACCGUUUUGACGUUCUGUGGUAGAUUUUCAGCCUGAACAUGUGUGUGUGU